ACAUUCGUUGCUCGACGGAAGAACCGAACAGUCAUCCAAAAUAAUUGUUUAAUUUGAAAGAACAAAUAAUGCCAGAAGCUAUUAACAACCCGGCAGUGCCAUGCUCAAAAAUGAUUCCUGGGGGUAUGUUUCCUGGGCGCAUAAUAACAGUGAAGGGAAGUAUUCCUUCAGAUGCAAAAAAGUUUGGGAUCGACUUGCAGUAUAACAAUGAUAUUGCCUUCCAUUUCAAGCUUCGCUUCCAGGAAGGUUAUAUUGUGCGCAAUCAUUACAUUUCUGGGAGAUGGGGUCAAGAAGAGACCCAUGGAGGCUUACCGCUGCAACGUGGAGAGACAUUCGAAGCCCACUUUAUUUGUCACUAUGAUCGGUUUACAGUGUUACUGAAUGGGCAACACUUCUGCGACUUCAAGCACCGCGUGCCCUUCCAUAGGAUCUCCCACAUCACAAUUAGCUAUGACGUCACGAUACAGUUGAUCGACUUCGAAGGGAUUCCACCACCGCUGGAGUACAUUCCUGGCAAACCUCACAGUUCUGAAGAAGUUUGCGGUCCUUACUAAAUAAAGAAGACGAUGCUGGAAAUCUUAUUUACUCUUCUAUAUAUUGCAUUGCAACUGUCAACCAUCCUGCAAAUACUGUCGACAAAAUAGGCUCUUUAGUAUUCAAGAAAGGUUUUUUGCAAAGUACCUAAUUACUAAAUUGAACAAUAACGAAUUACUCACAUGAAUGGACUGAGAAAUGCUCGACAGAAUCAGUCGGUUGCGCGACUUCGCCGCGACGCGCACGCUGCUCAUGAAUAAGAGUCCCGCUGUAGCUUGAAACUAGUCGAGCUUUUCUCUAUGACUUCAUACGUCGUUAUGAAUGAUUUAAUAGUCUUUGUAUUUGUUUUGAAAUAUUUAAAAGUAAAUAAAGACAAAUGUUAAAAAUAAGUUUAUUUAGCGUUUAAUUUUUGUGUCCUUCUAGACCUGUGGAAACAUGGCUCAUGUUUUUUAUUAUGCAUCAAAAAAGAUUCCACAUUUCAAAUUUAUCGGAUAUGUGACAAUUUCUUGUAAUUCAUUUAUAAAUGUUUUUAUUACUUUUGUAUUAAUUUCAUCAUAGCCCUCUGUAUUAGUGUUGUUAAGUGUCAUUAUUUCCUGUUUAACUUCACUUAGUGUGUUGGGUUUAAGAAAGAUUGUGUUACUUAUACCCCGACUACUUUUAUAAUUAUUUUGUGAUUUAAUGUGAUGAGUGCUAUGUGUUGGGUGUGCUGUAAGUUCUAUGUGUGUGUAGUGAUUGUUAAAAGCAGUAGCGAUUUCCUGAGGGCCCAUGAGAACCACGUUUACUUGCUUAAUAUUAUCCACAUGAACGGCAGUUUUAGAGGAAUUUAUUUAAUCUUUUAUUAUCGCCCAUGUGGCCUGUUGUAUGUUUGUAAGCCAACA